UAGGAAACAAGCACGGAGUUUCAUUAAAAAAGAAAAAACUUGAUGUUUUAUUUAACAUAGAUUCUCUCUGAUAUGAAAAAAGAUUCAAAAGAUGCCAUCAUCGUUAUUGAACAACUAACGACGUCUCCUGAAAGCAACUCAGAGUCAGACAAAGCCAGCAUGACUGAAUCAGAAAAUUCAACUGAGCAUGUGAAUACCUCACUUUCCGAACCUAUCAUAGAAUCAGACCAAGUACAGCAAAACGACGAUCAGACUCAUGAUGAACUUGAUCAACAAGAUCAGAAAGAGAAUAAACUUGAUCAACAAAAUCAGAAAGAGAAUGAACAAGAUCUAAAAGGAUCUACAAUAGACAGUAAUCAUAAAGUAAAUAAACAGCCAAGAAGUGAUCCCUAUGCUGGUUAUGAUGAACGACCUACCAAAAAAAGAAGAAAACAAAAGAACAAGAAGGCAACAAACGAUAGAUAUAAUGGAGUGCUUGUCUCGUAUACAAGUGAACAGAUACCACAAGACAUACAAAAGUACUAUAAUCAACGGCAUGAUUACUUUUCAAUGUUUGAUAAAGGCAUUUUGAUGGAUAAAGAGGGAUGGUUCUCUGUAACCCCUGAAAAGAUUGCCAGACAUAUCGCAGAACGAUGUCGAUCUGAUAUUAUCAUUGACGCAUUUUGUGGAUGUGGUGGAAAUACCAUUCAAUUUGCAUUGACUUGUCAUCGUGUGAUAGCAAUAGACAUUGAUCCUGUCAAACUACAUUGUGCGCGAGUGAAUGCUAGAAUUUAUGGAGUGGAGGAUAGAAUUGAGUUUAUCCAGGGCAAUUUUUUUGAACUUGCUCCAUUUUUAAAGGCUGACGUCGUCUUUCUUUCUCCUCCAUGGGGUGGACCGUCUUAUUUGAAUUCAAGCGUAUUUGAUUUAAAAUCGAUGAUACCCGGUGAUGGAUUCCAUAUAUUUCGACUAGCAAACAAUAUUACACCCAAUAUUGCAUACUUUGUGCCUCGAAAUACAAACCCUCGACAGCUGGCACAACUAGCCGGACCAGGAAACACGUGCGAGAUUGAGAUGAAUGCGCUUUAUGGCAAAGUGAAGGCAUUGACAGCUUAUUAUGGAGAUCUUGUAAAUUAUGAAGAAUUAGAACAAAAAGAACAAGAGCUAGAAGAGGCACGCUUGAUGAAUAGAAUAAAUCAAAAUUUCAUGUCCUAAUAAAUUUACUACCUUUUGCUAUAUUUAAAAACGAUCUACGUGUAACAAGUGUUGCACAG